AUGAAGUCACAAGAAGACCAAAAACACAUUGAGGAACUCAGAAAGGAUAGUGUUAUCACUGAGUUGAACAAAGACAUUGAAGAUAAGGAAGGCGAAAUUUCCGAUUUGAAAAAGAAGCUUGAAGCCGAAGAAGACAAUCCAAAGGAUCUUGAGACACAAUUGCACGAGAAGGAAGACGAUAUUGCCGAUUUGGAGAAACAAGUCAAGAAGUUGCAAAACACCAUUUCUGAUGUCAACGCACAGAAUGAAGACAUUGACUCUAAGGUCUCAGACGAGAGAGAUGGGUAUAACCAACAGUUGCAAGCUGAGAAGACCAAAACUGCUGCUUUGACUUCAGCCAAGAAUGCAAGUGAUAAGAAGAUUUCAUUAUUGAACUCAGAGAAAGAUGAGUUAGAAGAUAAAAAUAGAAAAAUUGCUGAGUUGACGAAGAGAAUUGAAGAUGGUCUGAACGACUCUGAUAUGUUGAAAGCACAAAAGGCCGACUACGAAGCCCAAAUCCAAGCGUUGAAAGAUGAUAUGGAGAAGACUGAAAAGUACUUGGCUGCUGCUCUUAACGAAGAAGUUGAAGCCGCAAAUGAGAAGUUAAGAAUUACUAAGAACGACUUGGGAAGAACUAAAGCCGAACUUGACCAACUCCAACAGAACUUUGACUAUCUCAAGAAGAAUGCCGACACUGAUACUGUUGAUAAGAAGAAACUCAAUGGAACUGUUAAUAAGAGUAAUAAAAAGAUUGAGGAAUUGAGUGUUAAAGUCGACGAACUUACUGGUGUUAUUACAAAAAUAGAACAAGAAGUUGUUGAAGCCAACGAAGAGCUUGAAACAGUCAACAAGGACAAAUUUGCCAAAGAAAAAGAAGCAAAAAGGUUGAAAGCAAAAACGACGAAAUUAAAGAGAAGAAGAAAUAUAGCCGAUUUGGAACAACAAGUACAAGACUUUGAAGAUAAAGUUGGGACUUCAAAUAUCGACCAAACUGAAGUCAUCAAGAGACACAACCAAAUAGUUGAUUUGGAGAACGAAGUUGCUGUGUUGAAAGAUCAGAACACCCAACUUGAUGCUGCUAAGAAAAUAUGA